AUGCGUCGCAGGAUGGCGGGCAGGGCUGUGCAGGCGCUGGGCAGCGGAGCUCCGAGGAUAAUGGGGUUUCUGCUGCCUCCAUCAUCCCAGAAAACGGUUGGCCUCCGUUCGGCUCUAGAAAUCGGCGUUACCGCAAGGUUUCGGUCUACGUCGUCCAUUUCGAGCUACUCAGAGCUGGCCAGAGAGAGAUCUAAAACUGUGACGUCUUUCUACAACCAGUCGGCCAUCGACGCGUCCGCUGAGAAGCCUUCUGUUAGACUCACACCAAGCACCUUACUGUAUGCAGGCAAGUCUCCAGAUGGAAGCCAUAUCUUGAGCAGUGCCAAGUACUUGCACAAAGAACUGCCUGUACGUAUCGCUCAUCGUAUCAAAGGUUUCCGCAGCCUGCCUUUUAUUAUCGGUUGCAACCCCACCAUCCUGCAAGUGCACGAGCUUUACAUCCGCGCCUAUCACGUGCUGAGCGACUUCCCGGCGAUUAAAGACCAGGACACAGAGGCGCGCUAUAGCAAGCUCGUUCAGCAGCUCCUUGAUGACCAUAAAGAUGUGGUCACCAUGCUUGCAGAGGGUUUCAGGGAGUGUCGUAAACACAUUCAAAAUGAGGCACUGAUCCGUAAUUUUCUGGACACAACGCUGACGUCGCGUCUGGGCAUUCGCAUGUUGGCUACACACCAUCUAUCCCUUCAUGAGGAAAACCCUGAGUAUGUGGGCAUCAUUUGUAGGCGUCUGUCUCCUAAAAAGAUCAUUGAGAAGUGGGUGGACUUUGCACGGCGGCUGUGUGAGCACCAAUAUGGAAACUCGCCGCAAGUUCGAAUUAACGGCCAUGUGGCGGCCCGCUUCCCUUUCAUCCCUCUUCCUCUAGACUACAUACUGCCUGAGCUCCUGAAGAAUGCCAUGAGGGCCACCAUGGAGAGCCACUUGGACACCCCUUACAAUAUACCAGAUGUUGUGGUAACCAUUGCCAAUAAUGAUACUGACUUUGUCAUCAGGAUCGCUGAUCGUGGUGGGGGCAUUCCACACAGUAUAAUGGAUAAGGUAAUGGACUAUCACUUCAGCACGGCUGAGCAGAGCACCCAAGACCCACGUAUGAGCAACCUCUUCAACACCAUGACCAACAGCGGCCCUCAGUCUGGCCCCAUGCACGGGUUUGGCUUUGGUUUGCCCACCUCUCGAGCGUAUGCGGAAUAUCUGGGAGGUUCUCUGGCCCUCCAGUCGAUGCAGGGCAUUGGUACAGAUGUGUACCUGCGUCUGCGCCACAUUGACGGAAAGGGAGAGAGCUUCAGAGUGUGAAGCAAAGAGGGCCGUUCACAGCGACUCUGCCAACCACAGCUGAGGGUUUUUUGUGUUUUUAGGGUUUAAAGGUUCACUGAGGCCUGGAAGCACCACAUUUAUUAACUUCAGACAUCUCUCCCUUUUUCUCCUAUUAAAUGUACCCUAGGAUGA